AUGUCUCGUCGCUCGGGAGGUUGCAGGACGGUGUCUAAUUCGCCGGCGCAUAGGCAGGUUGUCUACCCGCCACCCCCGCCACCCCCACCAGCUCCAUUGUUACCGUUUAAACAGCGCUCGUCCGUCGCGUCGGGUGGAACUCUGGCAGAAAAUCAGCAGGCCGCCACGGCCCACACCACCAUUAACUUCUACGGGUCGUCGGCCCCCUCUGGCUACGGCCUGAUGCCUCAGGUGGCACAGCCCAUGUUCGCCAUGCCCAGUUCUCCCGUGUACGCCAUGCCAACCGGCGCGGCUAUUGCACAGGCCCCUGCGUACCAGUAUGCCAUGCCGACCAGUGCUGCCCUUGCGCAGGCUCCGGCGUACCAGUACGCCUACCAGACGACGACACCCGUGACCCAGGGGACCACGUCGGUACGCCGCGUCACGUCGCUGUCGCAGCUGUACAGCAGCACCGUCGCCACCGCUCCAGCCUACCCGCAGUACCAGUACGCGUACCCCACGGCAGCGCCGGUGUCCCAAAGGACGGUGUCCUUCCGUCGCGUCGGUUCCACGUCGCAGCCGUGUCAAGUGAACACUCAAAUUCCAGCCACGACAACUGUCCAGUAUGCUGAGUACCCCACAGUAACGCAGACGCCCCAGGGGUCUACGACGUCAGUGACUCGCGUCGUGUCCGCGUCGCAGAUGUGA